UUCUCCAUCACCAAGACUUUUCACAUAGAUUUUCAAAGACAUAGAGCCUUCAAUCCCUAGUCCAAGUACUUCUCAAAACUUCAGAUCACAAUGACUCGCGUUCUGCUCACUGGAGGAAGUGGCUUCAUUGCCGCCCAUGUGCUGGAUGUAUUGCUCAAGCGCGGCCACUCUGUCGUGACCACCGUUCGCAGCCAGCAGAAGGCCGACAAGAUCAAGGAAGCGCACUCCAGCUACGGAAAGGACAAACUUGACUUCUCGAUCGUCGAGGACAUAGCAAAGGAAAAUGCAUUCGACGAGGCUGUCAAGUCGAACCCACCAUUCGAAGCCGUCAUCCACACCGCCAGCCCCUUCCACUUCAACGUCACCGAUGUGCAGAAGCAGCUGCUUGACCCUGCGAUCAUUGGCACGACAGGCAUCCUCAAGUCGAUCAAGAAGAGCGCGCCCACUGUGAAGAAGGUCGUCAUCACCUCCUCCUUUGCCGCCAUUGUCAACCCCUUCAAGGGCACCUGGCCUGACCACACAUACUCCGAGGCGGAUUGGAACCCAUUGACGCACGAGGAGGCGCUGAAGGACCCCGCCAACGGCUACCGGGCUAGCAAGACGUUCGCAGAGCGCGCUGCAUGGGAGUUCCUGGAGAAGGAGAAGCCCAACUUCACGGUCGCGACGAUAAACCCGCCCUUCGUCUUCGGGCCCAUCGUGCACUACCUGAACUCACUCGACGCGCUCAACACCUCGAACCAGCGCAUCGGGAACUUCGUCCUCGGCAAGUUCAAGGACGAAAUCCCGCCUACUGGCACCUACAUCUGGAUUGAUGUGCGCGAUUUGGCGCUGGGACACGUCUUGGCUAUGGAGAAGCCGGAGGCGGAUAACAAGCGCUUCUUCUUUACUUCUGGCUACUUCAACAACAAGGAGCUGCUUGAGAUCAUCAGGAAGAACUUCCCUGAGUACAAGGACAAGCUUCCUGGCCCAGAGCUCCAGGGCGGCGAGUACCCCAAGGAGGGCGUCUACAAGAUUAACAACGACAGGACGAAGGAGCUUCUGGGCACCGAGUUCACGCCUUUUGAGAAGUGUGUUGUCGACACUGUGAACUCGCUCAAGGCUGUCGGUGCGUAGAUGGAUCACCAGAACGAAGACGACCGAGAGUUUAGAGUAGACUUUAUUAAUGAAUGACAUGUUCUGACACCU